AUGGAUAGUUCUGCGAAGAGAGAAGAAGAGGGGAAAGGGGAAGGGUUGUUGGGAGGGCUUCAUAGUUUGAAAGUCUCCGACACUGUUGUGGAGCCAUACAAUGCUACCCUGUCCGUUCAUCAGUUGGUUGAAAAUACAGACGAGACUUUCUGUAUUGACAAUGAAGCUCUUUAUGAUAUCUGCUUCCGCACCCUGAAACUCACGAACCCAACUUAUGGAGAUCUGAAUCAUCUUGUGUCUGUAACAAUGUCUGGUGUCACUACAUGUCUUCGCUUCCCUGGCCAAUUGAAUGCCGAUCUACGUAAACUAGCUGUUAACAUGGUUCCAUUCCCUCGUCUUCACUUCUUCAUGCCUGGAUUUGCUCCCCUUUCCGCCAAAGGCGCUCAGGCUUACCGUGCUCUUACUGUAGCCGAACUUACCCAGCAGGUGCGUUUACUCGAAGGCAACGGCUCGGCAGAGUGACA